GGAAACGUAAUAUUUUAUUUUGCUUUUAAUAAGAAUUUUUUAUUUGCAGCUUCUGAGUUAUUUAAUUGACAUUGCAUGCUUCGCUUGUUUUAGCAUACGGCUAGUUAAUUUGAUCGCUCGACCGUUUGAUCGCAAAUAUAGUACACCUUUAUUUUUCUCUAUCGAUUUCUUUUCUUUGCUCACGCCGUUCAGUGUCGCAUGCACAUUCUUACACCCAAACACGCAUGCACGCCUUAUAAGUCAUCCUAUAUUACCUUAAUGGAGAAGAACGAAGAGGAAGCGUGCAUGCUGAGGUCAGCGACGUUUAGUGACCCACCCAAGAUCGGCUGGGAAGUCCUUAUGGUAGCUGAAGGGCGCGGCCGAUCAUUCCCGAGCGAGAUCCAAGGGCUGAAGGGCUGGCCCCGUCGUUGGAUCCACUCGGCUAUUACUUACAUUUAGAAUAAGAAUGACCGACAGAAACGAGAACUUCCUAUGCGAAACAGAGGCUGAAUCAAGCGUACAACCUAUUACGUACAAACCCGUGUGCAAUUGGAAUAACAAUAACGACAUUCAAGGUAACGGUUCAAGAAACUUCAUCAGGCGAGAUGGACUGAGCGUUAAGGAUUCGAACUACUGCCAACGACCGAACAAUCACUAUAAUCAAACAAAUUUGAACGGUCGUCAUCCGAAACGAGCACCCAUCGUCGGCUGGCAAAAUGGCAGUCCGACCGUGUUUCCGAGUACGCCUUGCGGCACUCCCGACCCGGACACCCUGGAAACGAUCGACUUAUCCCGUUCCCAAAGCGUCCUCUCCACCAAGAGUUCCGGGAUCUGCCAGGACUCCGGGAACACCGAGGACCUCAGCAGUUUGGCCGACGAGAGGUUGCUGCAGUCCACGCCGGCUCGCACCAUCGACAGAAGCGUGGAGUCUCUAUCUCCCGAUAAGGACACCUUCCUAACUCUAUCACCAGAAAUCGACAGAAGCAAGGACCUAAGUCUGGCCGAUGAUCUGGAGGACAAGAUCGAUCUGCUAAGCCCCGGAACCGACUGCACCGAGGAUAGAGUGCCGCCUACCCCCAUCGAGAACAGCUACCUGAGCUCGCCUAACCUCACGAUAGGACCCAGUCCUACCAACAAGAAUGAAUUAGUACCUACCUCCAGUUUCGGGCAUCCGUUCCAGAGACUCGGAGAAAACGAUCACAAGGUUUACCCCGAGACCAGAACGAUAAUCACCUCCAAUCCCGGCUUCAGGGAAGACGACACCCGCGACUCUAUCGACUCCGACAGCGUCCUGGAUUUGGAAGGCGAAUCCAGAGAUAAGAUCCUUCCGGGUAAACCUAAAGUACCGGACGGCGGUUGGGGCUGGGUAGUCGUGCUGGCUUCCUUGAUCAUCUCCAUGAUAGCCGAUGGAGUGUCCUUCAGCUUCGGGUUGCUGUACAUCGAAUUCCUUCAGGAGUUCGGUGCGUCCAAGUCGAAGACUGCUUGGAUAGGGUCGUUGUUUAUGGCCGUACCCCUUCUGUCGGGUCCCAUUAUGUCCGCUCUGGUCGAUCGUUACGGAUGCAGGGCGAUGACCAUCCUGGGCGGUCUGAUCUCAGGGCUGGGCUUCGUGCUGAGCUGCUUCAGCAACACCAUCGAGGUAAUGUACUUAACUUUUGGAGUGAUUGCGGGUCUCGGUCUGGGUCUGUGCUACGUCACUGCGGUCGUGAGCAUCGCGUACUGGUUCGACAAGAAGCGAACGCUAGCUGUAGGUCUCGGUGCAUGCGGCACCGGUAUCGGUACUUUCGUUUACGCCCCCAUGACCACGUUCUUCAUCGAGGAGUACGGAUGGCGGGGCACUUGCUUGCUCUUAGCGGGUACCUUUUUCAACAUGAUUGUUUGCGGUACGGUGAUGCGCGAUCCUGAGUGGUGGAUCAUCGAGCAGCAGAAGCAGAACGGGACCACUCCGAAGAAGUCGACCACCAAGUCCGAGUGCGAGAGAUCCAUCGCGAGCCCCGUUGACGAGUUCCCGGGAGUCGAGGAGCUUAGGAGAAUGCUGAAGAGCGGACACACGCCGGAGUAUUUGUUACAGAUUCUUAGCACCACCACGGAUGAUCCACAUUCGAGUAAUGGGGAUGUUAAGUUCAGGAGCGUCGUCAAUUUGCCUACUUUUGUGAAGCACAACGAGAAGGUGCCUGUGGAGGUAUUAGAACAGCUGGCUACGAAUCCGAGGCUCUGCAAGGUCAUUCUGGAGAACUAUCCUAAUCUUCUAUCCUGUAGAAGUUAUUCGGAUAAGAAGUUGCAGGAUUCCGUUGGAGAAGUCGGCAACAAGAGUGUCGUUACGAUGUCUAUGAGGAUCAAGCAAGCCACCGAUGGACCAAAGAGUGAAGAUACACAUGUGACGAAUAAUGUUCAUCCUGGGUCCACAUGCAAUUCCAUUAAAAAUCAUAUAACUAAAAAGAUGUCCAAAAAGGAGUCUGAAGAAGCAAAUCCUCUGCUGACGAAAGAACAGGAACAUACAACAGCCGACAGUCGAAAAGUGAAGCCAGCAUCCAAAGGCUUUGGAGAACUAAACUGUGGUGUUGUCAGAACAGAUUCGCUUCCAUGGCUGAGAAGGCAAUUCAAUACGAAUACUCACUACUUCAAGGAUAUAAGAGUCCACAGAAAUUCGGUCAUGUAUCGUGGUGCUGCUCUCAAUUUGCACAAGUACAGAUUAAGGGCUAGUAGCUGUCCCGACAUUUAUAGAAACAGUAUGACCACAUUGGCAAAAGAAAAUGAAGAGAAAUGGUACAGUGAGUUAGUGGAUUUAUUAAAGGGUAUGAUGGAUUUUUCAAUGUUCCUGGAACUACACUUUUUAUUGCUCUCGCUAUCAACGAUCUUGUUGUUUACUUGGUUUAUUGUGCCUUACUUUUACCUCGCCGAGCACCUCACCAGAAACAGUUACACGGAAACUGACGCUGCAAAUCUUCUCAGCAUAAUCGGCAUCACUAACACAAUUGGAAUGAUUGGUCUUGGUUGGGCCGGCGAUCAACCUUGGAUGAACGUUAGUAAAACUUACACGUGGUGCUUGGUUGCUUGCGGUAUAGCAACAGUCUUAAUGUCAAUAUUAACACCUUACUACAACCUGUUGAUGAUUACCUCGGCAGCAUUCGGCCUAUUUUUUGCCAGUAAUUUUAGCUUCACUCCUGUUAUACUCGUAGAAUUAAUACCUCUCGAAAGAUUCACCACUGCCUAUGGUCUUAGUCUUUUGUGUCAAGGUAUAGGAAACCUUCUUGGUCCACCGUUAGCUGGGUGGUUGUUCGAUGUGACGGAUUCGUGGGAUUUGUCCUUUCACAUGGCUGGAGGUUGGAUCAUUGUUUCUGGACUUCUUGUAGGACUUGUUCCUUAUACGAAAAAUAGGAAGAUUUGGGGCGAAGGUCCUAUUGAGAUGGAACGCGAGAAAGUUUGCUUAGCUUAAAUUUUUUGGUGAAGCGUUAGGUUGGGUAUCGGUGAUAGAUGAAAAAAUGGAGACUUGGGUACUGAUGGGUUACUUAAUUAAUUUGGAAAUUUAAGAGUUUAGACUUUAGCUCGCGUGAGGACAGUAGUGUCUAAAUUUGAAAGUUGGAGAGUUAGGAAAUUUCAUCAUUGGAGAUUUCUUAUAUUUAUGUAUUUCUGUGCUUUAUAUUUCUUUCUAAAUUACUAAAUCUUAUUAUUACAGAAAUAAUUUGUUCUGUUGCCAUGUCUUCUGUUCUUAGAAACCUAACCAAAAACUAAUUGGUAAAUAUUUAUAUUUAAUAUAUAUAUUGAAUACAGAACAAAAAGCAAAAUCUCUGAAGGGAGAUAGGAAAUGGUAGAAAUCUUUUAAAAUAUGUUUGAAAAAUGUUUCUCUCUUUGUCAUUAAAGUACUAACAUUAAAGUUUUAAAAACUCUCAUAAUUUAUAUCUCAAUAUUUUACCACCAAAUUGUUUUCUUCCUCACAACAUUUAAUGAAUAAAAACUCAUGAGAUAUUGAGCUAUGCUACCCACCUAACGCUCAGCACCCAAAAUUUAAAUAAAAUUUUCUCUCAAAUACAAAAUGAAGAAUUUCAAUUCUUUUUCGCGAUCCCUAAAUUCUAAUUUUAAAAAAGAAAUGUUAUGAAAGUUACCCGUUAUUUCUGGUCGUAACAAAUUUGUUUGUAAAAAGUAGAUGAUAAAAUUGUUAAUCGAUUUAUUUUUGUUUUCUUGUUAUUGUUAUAAAAACGAACAGAAAGUACGAGAAUUAGGAUUAAGAUGUUUUGUCGUCUUCGUUAUUUGUUUGUUAAUUAUUAAUUGCUCAUACUUGGGAAGAAAUAUUCUAGCUUCAACGAUUAUGUUCUUUCCAAUUAUACAGAGAUUAUAUAGCUAUAUUUUUGUGUACAGUGAUAAUAGUAGCAUUUAUAAAACGACAUUUGUAAUAACAAAUGUAAUAUACAGUCAAUGUAUAUUUGUUUAUAGCGUAAUUUAGUUAGGUUAUGUUGUUCCUUGUGCUUUGAAGAUAAAAAAGAAUACAGGAAUUGGUUUAUGUUAAAAAAUUAUUUGAUUACAAAGAGUUAUUAUCGAGCAUGAUUGAAAAAUAACUGAAUGACUUCUGUACUCUAAAAAGACUCAGUUAACAACGGAAUCAUAAUAAUGGAGCUAUUAUAAAAAUGAAAAUAAUUCUAAUCAUUUAGAAGUCUUACAUGUUAUUAUGAUUUUUCAUUUUUAUAAAACAGUCAUUACGGUUUUAUUAUAAAAUAAAAUUCUUUUCAAAUAUGCUCUAUUUUUCGAUUAAUAUGCACGACAAGUAUUAAAUAGGACAAAAGAUAUAUCUUCUAUGAAUUUUAUUCAGAUAAUAUAUUUUCUUUGAAACAAAGAAUUGUGUAAACGAAUUUCUUUCUCGAAAGUUAUUUUGAUGACGAAAAUAUUUACCAUGAAAUGAGAAGUAGCUAGUUUGAUAAUUAUUCAACGAAUUAUAUAUGUAUAACAUAUAUACACUUAUAUUUGACCAGUUGUCAACGAUAAAAAUUGCAUACGUAUUCGUAGAUUAUUCGUGAAAUUAACAAGCGUUAAAAACGAUCGAAUUUGUGCAAUUCGUAAACGUGUUAAUCGAGACAAGGAUUUGUCAAGUGUCUAGAAUUUGAUACAGUUCUAAAGUUUUGCCUUAUAACGUCCAAUAUAAAUAACAGAUCGAAAAAUCAAAAGUCUGUCAUGAUAAUGAAAAUGAUGCACGAUAAUUUUUGCAUCGUUGUAACGAAACGUCCCAGCUGUGAUCGUAUCGUUUUCAGGAAGUAAAAUGUAGAGAAAUGUCGAAAUUAGCACGUGUAUCUUGGUAAUAAGUAGAUAGUGACCGUUCGAUAAAUGCGUGCGUACGGGGCUUUGAACCAGUUCCUUCUUGGAACUGGAAAAUUUCUUAAAUUGAAACUUAUAAUUAUUCAAAUUACUAAACUUCAAAUUUCUGUA